ACGCUUGCCAGCAGGCAGCAGACCGACACCUAACAAAUGCACGGCAGAAUAUACUUUGCUCUGCAAUAUCCCCUCCCCUUUCUGAUCUAUUCCUCGUCGAAAUCAGUCUCUGAUCUUCAAUCCUUUUUCUUCAUCUCACAAAGCUUUCCCAUGGAGCUUUUGUUCGAACUCUUGUUGACAGUUUUUCUUUCUCUGACCCUCUGUUUCCUCCUUUCCAAGCUCCUCUAUGCAGCUUCUGCCGGUGACAAAAACCGCACCUCUACGUUGACAUCACGUAGGUAUGCGAACGGAAUAUGGGUUAUGCCUGAGGAGCUGAAGCUCCAAAUCGGGAGAAGAUUCCGGUUGAUUGAAAAAACUGAUAAAAAUGUAACUGAACCGGUUCAGGACAAAUUGGAUGUUCAAGAAUUUGUCAACGAAGGGUUUGAGUCAACGGAGAGGGACAUUAGGGGAGAGAAACAUAUUGAAGAGGUAUCAGAGCGUUGCUGUGUGGGAGAGUGCGGGGAAAGCUUGGUGGAUGGAAGUUCUAAGGGGGAAAAGCUUUGCGAAAUUGAGUUAGAGUCGGUUAAGAGCGAGGUGGAUUCGGCCCGGGAUGUAUUGGUGUGCGGAGGUAAGGAGGGAUGUGAAUUCGAAAAAAGUGGGGAUGAUGAGUUCAAGGACAAAGUGUUUGGUUUGGAGGAUGAUUGGGAGGGGAUCGAAAGGACCGAAUUGGAAAAGGUCUUCGGCGCCGCGGUGGUGCUUGCGGGAUCUGCCAGUACUGCUGGUCGAGCUUCGAGUCUUGGCAGUGAUGUGGAGGCGCAGUUAUAUGGGCUUCACAAGAUUGCCACCCAAGGGCCUUGCCAUGAACCCCAACCAAUGGCAUUGAAGCUCUCUGCUCGCGCUAAGUGGAAUGCUUGGCAACGGCUUGGUAAUAUGAGUCCGGAGGUAGCAAUGGAGCAAUACAUCGCCCUUCUUUCAAGAAGUUUUCCUAGGUGGAUGCAAUAUGAUUUUGUUAGAGGUAAUAAACAGGUUUUAGAAGAAUUCGAAGCAUUUAGGAGGCUAGCUUCUGAUUUAGAGGAACUGCCAUCAAUACGACUAGGUGCUGCAGAUGAAAGGAAAAUGGAGAUGAAGCCUCAUUUUGAGGCUUUUUAUGUUACAGGAUUUGGUGUCCAAAAUCCAUGAUUAUUGGACAAAGACGUGUCAAUUGCUCUUCACCAUCAGAAUGACAUCUCCUAAAUCCUUACUGCAUGGAUGCAGAUGCCCCUUUAGAGUACUGGUGGAGGCAUCGGACUGUUUAUAACCCCUAGUAGAUAUUACGAUGUUCUGUGCAAAUAAAAAACAGAAAAUAUAUAUCUGGCAUCCUCUUAGCCUUGUUCCCAAGACUUACUAGUAGAAGUAUAUAAUGGUAGGCCUAGGUAUUUCCUCA